CAAAUAUCAUAUCAUCUCUCAACAAAACGCUCUCUUUGAUUCUUCUGUGAUAUAAUAAUAAUAAUAAUAAAACAUCCCUUCUCUUUCUCCAACAGCCACCCGCCCCGGUGAUCAGAAUAUCAAACAAUCGAUACAGUGUUGAUUUUCAUAAAAUAGAAAAGAUGUUGGGGGCUUUAAGGCUUAAUAUUGGUGCUGCUUCUCAGGGUUUGGGGAAUAAUAUGACGAGGUUAAGGCCUGUAGCAUCAGCUAUGAGACAUUACUCGUCUGGAGCGAAAGAGAUGACAGUACGAGAUGCUCUAAAUUCUGCUCUUGACGAGGAAAUGGCAGCUGAUCCUAAUGUUUUUGUUAUGGGUGAAGAGGUAGGAGAGUACCAGGGUGCAUACAAGAUAACAAAGGGAUUAUUGGACAAAUAUGGUCCUGAAAGGGUUGUUGAUACCCCUAUCACAGAGGCUGGGUUUGCUGGGAUUGGAGUUGGUUCCGCAUAUCAUGGUCUGAGACCCGUGAUAGAGUUCAUGACUUUCAACUUCUCUAUGCAGGCAAUUGAUCAUAUUAUCAAUUCUGCAGCAAAGUCAAAUUACAUGUCUGCUGGGCAGAUCAAUGUGCCUAUUGUGUUUAGGGGUCCAAACGGUCCUGCAGCUGGUGUUGGUGCUCAGCAUUCCCAGUGUUAUGGCGCAUGGUAUGGCGCUGUACCUGGUUUGAAAGUACUUGUACCAUACUCUUCUGAAGAUGCCCGUGGACUUCUAAAAGCUGCUAUCAGGGACCCUGACCCUGUUGUUUUUCUUGAGAAUGAGUUGUUAUAUGGUGAAUCUUUCCCAGUAUCCGCCGAAGCCCUUGAUUCAAGUUUCUGUCUCCCUAUAGGAAAAGCAAAGAUUGAAAGAGAAGGGAAAGAUAUCACGAUCACGGCUUUCUCCAAGAUGGUUGGCUAUGCUCUUAAGGCGGCUGAAAUACUUGAGAAGGAUGGAAUAAGUGCGGAGAUUAUAAACCUGCGGUCCAUUCGACCCCUAGAUAGAGCUACAAUUAAUGCUUCAGUCAGGAAAACUAACAGGCUGGUCACUGUCGAGGAAGGGUUUCCUCAACAUGGCAUUGGUGCUGAAAUCUGUGCUUCGGUUGUAGAAGAUAGCUUUGGCUAUCUUGAUGCCCCAGUGGAGAGAAUUGCCGGGGCUGAUGUACCCACACCUUAUGCUGCUAAUCUUGAGAGAAUGGCAUUUCCUCAGAUCGAGGAUAUUGUUCGUGCUGCCAAGAGAGUAUGCUACAGAUCAGUCCCCAUGGCUGCAAGUGCUUGAUGUUAACACUGACUCCUUUUCUUAGGGAUGUUUUGAGAAGUCAUGUCUUGAUUCUUGAGGGGUGUCUAAGCUGGGAAGCUCCAAAUUUUUAAUUGUGCAUUGUGUGAAUUAACUUUGUCAGUGGGGCAGAAGCCAUAGAAUUCUCUCUUUACACAAGAAAUUUUUUAUUUUUAUCUAAUAAGGUUGGAUGCAAUACAAGAUAUCUCAGGUUUAUGUUUUCUUCUGAAA